AUGCAAUCGACGCAGCUCUCCAAUCCCUACGGCCCUGUAUCCCCCGCGACUCUGCAGGCCCAGUCACUGCAUCGUCCCUAUUCUCUGCCGCCGGCUGGGUCCCGCUGUCUUCCACUAUCGCCUCCUCAACAAAACUACUCCACAGCACCCCGGAUUGUGCGUCCUUCUGACUAUGCUCUGCCAACUCAAGGCGUCGUUGAUCCUCGUUCAGUCGCCCUCCCGCUGACUUAUCAGGCGACCCAGUACACAUCGCUGGCUCAGAAUCCCCCCUUCCAUCCAGCGAGCGUCUUUGCCACCGCUCCGCAACCUCAAACCGUGGGAGUCUAUCCGACGGCCCACACUGGCCCCCUUGGCCACUAUGUCCUGCCUCGCCAUGUCGCCAACCAGCACCAUCCUGCUGCCAACCAGCAUCCCGUCGCCUGUCGUCCUCCGGAGUUGCCAUCCUCCAGGGUCGCUCCAGCUGCUUUCGCCGCCAGCGACCGCACACUCGAUCCUCACCAAAAGAUCGCCGUGAUGCCUGGGCCCGGCAACGUUCAGUUCGCCCCGGUGCCAACCAACAUGCCCAUGCCCAUGCCCAAUCGAGCCGAUCCACAGAGAUUCAAUCCCGGGCACCUCGCCAGUCCCGUAAACCGCUCUGGCAUGUUCUUGGCCACGCCGACUGGCCCAACAACGCCGCGCUCCGAUCCCCAGGACAAUAGCAUUGGCCACAGCACCUUCUUGCAUGAUCGCUCCACCGGCGUCCUGGCUUUCCCUGACGGCAGCCUCGCCGAUCUUUCUCGCGGCGCCUCCCCCGACCGCACCCGUAUGUUUCCCCAGUCCCCAAGCGACCAGUCUUCCUUUGAUGAAACUCUUGAUGAUGAUGGCCUCAAGGCGCUCGAAGCUUUGGCCAAAGGCAAUCCUCACGACACUGACAUCCAGAUGAGGUUUUAUCGUUCGCUCGCUCGCCUGGCGGAAGCGAUCGAGAACAGUGGCGAUCACCUGUCGCUCGAGAGCCGCCAAAAGCAAAAGGACUGCCACAAAAAGGCGCGUCAUAUCCUCAAGAAUCUCUGCCACCAUCGCUAUGCCUCGGCCAAUGUUCGCCCGAAGGCACAGUACUUUCUGGCCGAAGCCUACAGCGAGGGCAAGCUCGGCCUCAAGAGGGAUGAGCAUCAAGCCUUUGCGCUGUACCUGAAUUCCUCCAAGGGAAACCAUCCCGAGGCCACUUUCCGCACUGCCCGUUGCUAUGAGCUGGGAUCUGGUACCAAGAAGGACUACAAGAAAGCCGUGCAGUUCUACAGAAAGGCCAGCGCCCUCGCAAACCAUGCGGCCAUGUAUUCUCUUGGUCUGAUUCUCAUCAACGGCCUGCUCGACCAGCAGGUUAAUGUUCGAGAGGGGAUCAUCUGGCUCAAAGACGUUCCAAAGAGCUCCGGCGUAUACCCGCACUCCGCAUACGAGCUUGCACUCAUUUCCGAGAAGGGCUUGGACAACAGCAGCCUGCCGGACUACGAAUAUGCCUAUGGUCUCUAUUACGCCGCUGCCGAGCGUGGUCACGUCAGGGCCCAGCUCCGGCUCGGUCAGAUCAAUGAGCACGGACAAAUGGAGAGGAGCGCCAAUCCUGGCUACUCGAUUCGCUGGUAUCGUGCCGCUGCCGAGCAGGGCAACUCGGAGGCCGAGCUCGGCCUUGCUGGCUGGUAUCUUACUGGGGCUCCAGGCGAGCUUGAGCCCAACCACGCCGAGGCGUUCCGCUGGGCUCAGAGUGCAGCCAAGAAGGGCCUCGACAAGGCCCAGUUUGCGAUGGGCCACUUUUACAGCCACGGCAUCGGCGUCCCUGUCGACCUCGCUGCAGCUUACGAGUGGUACAAGAUGGCUGCAAGACAGGGCAACAGUCUCGCCGUCAAAUGCAUCCAGGAACUUCGACCCCGACUGCCGCCGAGCAAAUAG